GAAUUAGCUUACAUGUACAUAGUACAUCAACCCCGGCCAUAUAUGCAUAUCAUAGCACCCACUUAUUAUUUCGAUCCACAGCACUUGGUAGCUACUACACCAGCGUGUGGAGCAAGCAGUGAGGGCGUGGCCUAGCAGAACCGAUCGGCCGUCAUGGGGGGAGAGACCAAGGUGGAGAUCUUUGAGGAGAAGACGGCCGUGUACAAGGUGCACGUCCACUGCGGGCAAUGCGCGCGCGACAUCGAGACGCAAUUCACUGAGUUCCACGGGGUUCAGGAGGUGAAGCUGGACGCCGGGUCAGGGAAGGUGACGGUGAGGGGCGUCGGCUUCGACGUCGAGAAGCUCAGGGUCAAAGUGUCCAACGGCUGCCGGAAGCACGUUGAGUACAUACCUCCCCGCGAAGACAUAAUCACCGAGAUCAAGACCAAAGAGGAGGAGCUGACGAUCAUAACCGUGAAGGUUCACUUGCAUUGCCCUGACUGCGCAGUCAGGGUCAGAGAGAUUCUACUCGAGCACAAGCAUAUCUACGCGGCCAAGACAGACUUCGGCAAGAACCAGUGCGUCGUGGAGGGGGUCAUCGAGGAGACGAAGCUCACCGAGUACAUCUACCAGAGGACGCGGAAGCAGUGCACCAUCGUGAAGGUGGAGAAGAAGAUCCGCAUCGUGGAGGUGAAGAAGAAGAAGAAAGAAGAGGAGGUUGUUAAGGUGGCCGAACAGGUCGCCGAGGCCGUCGAGGAGGCGGUCAAGGAGGUCGUCGCCCCGUACUUCAUCCCCUGCACGCACCCGCACUUCGUCGACUACUCGCACCCGCGGCGCCGCGGCGGGUGCUCGCCGUGCGGUGGUGGGUAUGGCGGCUACGGUGGUGGAUACGGCGACGGCUUCGGCGGUGGUGGCUGCGGUGGCGGUGGUGGCUAUGGAUCGUACACGCACUCUGAGCUCAGAGGGUACCAGGACACGUCGUUCCUGCAUUGCUCGCACCCCGUUGAGUUCCUCAGUUAUGAGGACCCGAAUGCCUGCUCCGUGAUGUAGAGUACUGAUUCGUAAUCAACUUUAUAUCUUUGCCCCUAUGAAAGGGCAAAGAAACCACCUAUAGGAUCGAUCGGCCACGUCGACGCAAAUCUCCCGGGAUGCCUUUUUUUCA